AUGCUCGUCCAUAGAAUCAGCAAGGCCAUGGCCGAUGGUUUUUCGUGGCUCUCUGGCCAGAAAUCGCUGGGUGGGGCUCUCACGAGUCCUGCUGGGUUCGACUGGGAUACGAUCGAGGCUCACAAGCACUUCGUAUGGCAGCCAUGCUUCCGCGAUUUUGAAUGUGCCAGGCUCCAGGUUCCGAUGGACUGGCAGGGGACGACUUUCGAGGCGGAUAGGACUGUAGAGAUAGCUGUGAUUAAAGUCGAAGCAACUGUGCCAGUGACCGACCCAACUUAUGGUGGUGCGGUUGUGCUCAAUCCAGGUGGCCCAGGAGGCUCAGGUGUGGACGAGAUACUGAAUGGCGGUCAUCACGUCCGGACGAUACUUUCUGCAGGAGCACAUGCUGAUCGAGACAGUGCGAAGAACUUCGACAUCAUCGGUUUCGACCCGCGAGCCAUUAACAACACCAGGCCUAUCCUCUCUUGCUUUCCAGAUCAUACAACUGCUGCAGCUCAUAACAUCGCCGAGGAGACCUAUGGCUGGUUCAAUACUUCCAACAUCGCGUUCGACAAUCUCUGGGCUAGCAAGAGAGCAGUGGCUGAAGGUUGCAGCAGAAGAGCUAAUAGUGAUGGGCUCGCUAAGCAUAUCUCUACGGCUGCUGUUGCGAGAGACGUCGUCGAGAUUUUCGAGCGGCAUGGUCAAUGGCGAGCGAAAGAGGCAGAAAGACUCUGUCUCCUGAAGCCUCAGGCAUGUCGGGCGUUGAGAUUGACGAGACGAGAGAACGUACGAGCUAUGCCCCUGGCAAAGAAAUGGUGCAGUACUGGGGCUUUUCCUAUGGCACCGUAA